AUGGGUCGUCAGCAACAUUUCUUGACACCAUAUGUUAUAGUUUUGCAUGCAGCUAAAAAGGCAAAUAAGAGCAACAAAUAUGCUGCAAAAGAUGGUGCAAAGUUAAAAUCAUCUAAAAAAAGAUGUCAUACAAAAUCAUCUUCAUCUGAUGAAUCAUCUGUUGAUGACAAUAAUUCAAUGCUUGAGCAAAAUAAAAAUAAUAACUUGGAAGAAACAUUAUCAA